AUGACGUUCUUCACUCUCAUAUAUGAAACCUCACACAAAAUCUCCUCAUCCGCAGAAAUCACCUCUUAUCUCACUCAGGCACUUCAUCAAACCGGCGGUACACUCACCCAUAUAUUAUCACUCACAUCGGGUUUAAGUUCCUUUAAUAAAGAGCUGGAGUUACUUAACAAACAACAACGUAAAGUCUUCGUAAUUCAUACAUCUCUGGAACUCGGGGUGAUGUUGUUUCAGGCGGCCAAGAAGAUGAAAAUGACCGGAGAUGGGUAUCUAUGGAUUGCAACUAACGCAAUCACAGAUCUUUUUCAUUCCGUUAGUUCCUCCAGGAUUUCUCUAUUGAAAGGUAUGGUUGGUGUCAAAAGCUACUUUCCAGAAAACACACAGGAUUUCCUUAAUUUCAAAAAUAGAUUCCGUCAAAAGUUCCGUCAUGAUUACCCAGAAGAAGAGCAGGACGAACCUGGAAUCUUUGCAAUGCAAGGAUAUAACACCGUGAGGUUGUUAAAACAAAACUCACCUGAAAACUUGGAUCACGUGACCCCAAUUCUGGAAACUACGGUGGAGAUUGUUUACGUGAUAGGGAAGGGAUAUCACAGCGUGUACUGGACCGAAGGAUUUGGGUUCUCAGAGAGAGACUGUGAAGAUGACACCAAAGAAGCAAUCGCUUACACGCAUUCAAUCGAUAAUCUGAAACAAGCUUUGUUCCCGAUGAACCCAUGGUUUGCUCAUAGACGGCGCAGGAAUCUUGCUGAAAGUUCAGAGAAUCGGAUGAGAGUUGGUGUUCCUGUUCAUUCACUGUUUAAGCAAUUUGUGAACAUUGAAUAUGAUCCCGAAAAGAAUCAAACUGUGUUCAGUGGGUUUGUAAUCGCUGUCUUUGAUGAAAUGAUGAGACAAUUGAAGCAACCAUUUGAAUAUAUACCAUUCAAUGGUUCUUAUGAUGAACUCAUGAUACAAAUUCCUUUAAAGAAAUUUGAUGCGGUAGCUGGUGAUGUAGCCAUCAGGUCAAGCCGGCUGGACUAUCUGGAUUUCACUCAACCAUACACCGAGUCAGGUUUGGAGAUGGUCGUACCUGUUAAAUCCAAAUUAUCAAACCAGCCAUGGUUGUUCAUGAAGCCUUUUACUGCUAAAAUGUGGUGGUUAAUAGCUACAAUCACUGUUUACACCGGCUUCAUCAUUUGGUUAAUUGAAAGGGCUCAUUGUGAGUAUCUUCGAGGCUCAAUUGUAAAUCAAGUUGGAAUCAUCAUCUGGCUUGCGUUUACGACCCUCUUCACUUUGCGAGGUGACAAGUUACAUAGCAAUUUGUCAAGAAUGGUGGUGGUUGUGUGGCUCUUUGUGGCACUAAUCAUCACACAGAGCUACACGGCUAGCUUCACGAGCAUGCUCACGGCUCAAAGGUUGGAACCCACAAUAACCAGAGUUGAGGUGCUAAGGAACAUGAAUGCAACAGUAGGGUACUGCAAUGGUUCUCUUGUCCAUCACUACUUGAAAGAUGUUUUGGGUUUUAAUAGCUUCAAGGUCAAGAGCUAUAACUCAACUCAUAGAUAUGCUGAGGCCCUUAAUAGUGGUGAAAUUGCAGCCAUCUUUCUUGAAGUUCCUGCAGCCAAAGUCUUUCUAGCUCAGUACUGCAAGAGCUUCAUCAGAACCGGAGAGACCUUCAAAGUUGGCGGCUACGGUUUCGCGUUUCCUAGGAAAUAUACGUUGCUUUCUGAAGUAAACAAAGCUCUAACGAACGUUUCGGAAAGUGGGAAGCUUAAAGAACUUGAGGAUGCUUAUCUUACAUCUGAGAAAUGUGUGGAUGAAAAAUCCUCUCCGAAUGAAGACGAGAGUCUUAGCCCUCGUGGCUUCUCAAUACUGUUUGAGCUAACCGGAGGGACAUCAACGGUUGCCCUUGCCAUAUACAUCAUCACCAGCAUUAGAGAAUUUAAAAAAUCUAAUCCAGAACCCAAGAAUUUCUUCAAAUUGAUGUCAUCAUUUAUAAAAAACGAAAUGAGACGGUCAUCUAGAGUUGUCAAUGCAGAAAGCACCUAGCUAACGAUAUACAUUAUCAUAUAUGUCAGGAUCUAGUAUAUGAUUGCAGAAUAUGAAUAUGAUC